UGAAAGUAUUUGAAAGCGAGCUGUAAAAGGAAAUAAAGUCGCUUAAAUUUUGAAGACGUGUUAAAAAUUAACAUUCGUAUCAAGAGCAUAAAUCAGUAAUAAUCAUGUUGUUGGCCAAACAGAAUAGUUUCAAUAUACUCGACAGCGAUACAGAGUUGCCUGCAGUGGAUAGCAAAUCCACUACCAGCCAGGAUCUAAAACCCAACUCAGAUGAUGAGAUGCCGAGCAAGUCGAACAGUAAACAGGAACUGAUUCCCAUACGCUACAAGCAUCCGCUGGAGCAUACCUGGACGCUGUGGUAUCUGGAGAAUGAUCGCAACAAGAGCUGGGAAGAAAUGCAGAACGAGAUAACUAGCUUCGAUAUGGUGGAGGAUUUCUGGAGUCUGUACAAUCACAUUAAGCCGCCAUCGGAGCUCAAAAUUGGUAGCGAUUACUCAUUGUUUAAGAAGGGCAUACAACCCAUGUGGGAGGACGAUACUAAUAAAAAUGGCGGCCGCUGGGUCAUCAGCAUUGGACGCUGCAGCCACAUGGAGUUGGACAAACUGUGGCUAGAUGUGUUGCUAAUACUGAUUGGUGAGGCGGUCCAUUAUACCGAUGAAAUCUGUGGCGCUGUCAUCAACUUGCGCAGCAAGACCAACAAAAUUUCGAUUUGGACCGCCAAUGGACAGAAUGAACUGGCCCUCAUGGAGAUUGGGCACAAGCUGCUUAUUCUUUUGGGUUUGCCCCCAAACAAUCUGCAAUACCAGUUGCACAAGGACUCCAUGUGCAAGCAGGCUUCGCUGGUCAAAGCCGCUUACAUACUCUAAAGACCAGCCUGUAUAAUAAUCAACGUUUGUCUAUGCCAGCAGUUGUCACAUCUGCCACCCACAAUUCCCACUUCACACAUAUAACCAAACACAUUUUAAGCAGCAACUGCGCGUGUAUUCCAAAAAUGUAUAAAAAAAUUGCAAGAAAUAAUUAUAUAAAAGUGCUGAAAUAACUCAAAGUAAUAAAGCUCAGCUAAACUGAAAA